CUUCAUGCGAUAAAAAUGAAGAUGAUAUUAUUAUUUUAAUGGGCAAUACUACAGCUUUCUUGUCAUUGAGUGAUGUUGUAUAUAAGGCGAUUGAAGAAGUUAUCGAUAAAAAUAUCUCAGAAAAUAUAAACAUAUGGAUAUCAAAGCUAACGAAGGAACUAACGCAUUUAUUUAAUCGAUUUAUAUGUGGUAUACUGAAGCAAACAUUUAUCAUCAAUAUGUGCGGCUCCUCUAUAACCGCAAUGACAAGUUUGAAGAAAAAUCAUCAAGUGAUAAAAAAAAUGCUUACGUAUUUAAUACUUAACGAAUCUGAAACGAAUCGUGAUAAUUUUAAUGAGUGUAGUUGUAAUGAGUGUAGUUGUAAUGAGUGUAGUUCUAAUGAGAUGAGUUAUAAUAAUGAUAGUGAUGACAAUUAUGAUAACUCGACUUUAUAUAAUACUUCCAAACAAGAAAUGGAAAAGAGAAUUUACAAGAAACAAGAGCAAAGUGUUAUAAUAUCGGUGGAAAAAGCAAUACAUAUAAUACAGAAUACGAUACAUAAUAAUAACUAUAUAAGAGAAAAAAUCAUGAAAACGAAUGACGCCUAUGGCAGAAUAACGGCUAAAAAUAUAUUUUCCCCCAUAAACGUGCCGCCUUGUAAGACUUCCACUAAACGUGGAUACGCGAUGUUGGCCAGCGAUGGGAAGGGUGUAAGAAAAGUGUUGAAAGCACAUACCACGUGUGAUAAAAUUUCUGUUGUACCUGGCACCUGCAUGCGUGUAAGAAGUGGAGAUCCCAUACCCAAUGGAGCAAAUACGGUUGUAACGCCAGAGAAUAUAAAGAUAUUGGAUGAAUGCAACGAUGACGAUUAUUUUAAUAUCAACAAGGAAUACGAAAUUGAGGUCUUGGUUGCCCCAGAAAUAAACAAGAACAUCAGAAACGUUGGAGACGAAAUACAGUAUUCCCAACUCAUUAUAAAAAAGUUCACAUAUCUCGGACCAGCGGAAUUGGGUAUUUUGACAUUAUGUAGCCUCGAUAUAAUUCCAGUCACUGAACUUCCACUUGUAGGUCUGCUAUCUAUCAAUAACGAAUUGAAAGAAUCUGAAAAUUUAACUUUAGGAUACAUCUAUGAAAGCAAUAGAGUAACUCUGACCUCAUUAUUAAAAAAGAAUGGAUAUGAUCCCGUCGACUUCGGAAUUUCUGCUUACAAAUUGAACGCUAUAACAAAAAAAAUCGAAGACGCUUUGAACAAAGUAGAUGUACUUGUGAUAAUGGGCCAUUCAAACGACAAAGAUAUAUUAAAAUCAAUUUUAAAAGAAUAUUUUAAUGCUAUAAUACAUUUCGGUCUCUUGAACAUGAAACCAGGGAAAUCGACAACGUUUGCCUCGUGCACGUAUAAUAAUAAGAAAAAGUUUUUCCUAUGCAUGUCGGCAAAUCCGACAACAGUUCCCAUUGUCGCGCAUAUAGUGCUUCUACCACUUCUAAACACGAUGUGUGGCAAUUUCUUCAAACAGCCUAUCAUUCUGCAGAUUUGCAUGAAUAAUCACGAGUUGCAUUUGCGUCCGAAAUUUUCAUGGACAACUAUACGAUGGACAGAGGAGGAGAUGUUUCCAAGAGCUUAUUGCUUAAAAAAUCAACAUCAGGAUAUAAUAAAAUAUCAAAAGGCUAAUGCACUUUUAAUGUUGCCGCCGCGCACGCGGCAGGUACCGAAGUUAGACGCAGCAUUCGUAUCAGGAAUAUUGUUUUUCAACGAUUGAAAAUAAUCAUCGCUGAAAUAUCUCCAUGUAUUCCCUGCCCUGCAAACGAGAAUGGAUUGAAAUGAAUUGAAAUGGAUUCAGAUUUUCAGAAAUAUUGAUU